AUGAGCAGCUCCCAGCCCCAGGCGGCCGGCGCUGGGCAGCCCCAGGCCCAGAAGCUGCUCAAGGCCGACGACAUCCUCAAGCUCACAAGUCUUACCGACGACGAAAAGCAAAAGUACAGGCUGCUUAUGCACAACACAUGGAACAUGUUCAACAACGCUACGCCCGGCAGCGCCGAACAGACCCAAGCGCGCACGACACUGCAGUCCUUCUCGCAAAAGUUCAUCGCUAGGGAGCGUGCACAUCGUGCGAAGCAGCAGCAAGCGCUUGCGCAACAGCAGGGCGGCCCAGCGCAAAGCAGCCAGUCUGGUCCUGGCGCACCGCAAAACCCGAUCAAGCAAGAAGGGCAGGGAACCGCCGGAGAGGCUGCCCCGAGCCAGCAGCAGGCACCGCAACCCCAGAACCAAGGCCAACAGCGACCGCAGAACCCCUCCGUCGACCCCUCCAUCAUCAAGCACGUUCACGAGUUCCCCUUCGUCCUGCCUACCAACUACACAAUGGGCACGCCUGAAGCCGAGGCCAAGUUGAAGGAGUACAAGAAUGGCUACCUUAACAUGCUAGCAAAACAAGCAACGCUCACGGAGAACAUCAAGCGGAUUCAGGCGCAGAUACAGGAACGGGGCAAGAGCGGACAAGAGGUACCGCAAGAACUGACAAACGCGAAGAACAAGGUCGAAGAAGAGUAUUACAGGAUGAAGGCUCAAAUCGAGAAGUUCCGCGGUCUGCAGAAGCAGUGGAAAGACGAGCGCCAGGCCCAAGGACAAGGAGCGCAACCCGCCCCACAACCUCAGCAGACACCACCGCAGCAGCCGCAGCAGUCACAGCAGCCAUCGCAGCCUCAACGACAGCCUUCACUAUCCGGGCCGAGCGGUCAACCUGCGAUCAAGGAUGAGCCGCAGAUAAAGGUCGAGGGCGGGCAGCCGCAGCCGCAGCAAACGCAAACCCAACCACCACAGUUCAACCAGCAAAAUAACCAGCAACAACCACCUCAACAAAAUAUUCAAGGCCCGACACCUCAACUCCCACAGCAACCACAGCAACCACAGCAGCAUCCACAACAACCACAACAACCACAGCAGCAGCAGCAGCAGCAGCUCCAACAGCAACAUCAACAGCAACAGCAACAACAGCAACAACAAAUGCAGCGCCCACCAGUACCGCACUCCCUCACCAUGCCUCCACAACAAUUCCCACAGCAGGGCCAACAGCAACAUCAGCUGCCGCAACAGGGGCAGGCUCGGCCACAGAUUAAUCCUCACCAGGCGAACAUGCAGCACCAGCACCAGCAGAGCAAUUCGCCGCACCCACAGUCUGCAACGACCAACGGGCCACCCGUCCCACUCUCUCACCAAGCCGCCGUCAGCGCUGCUAAUCGCUCCUACACAGAUUCAGCGCGUACCAACACGCCCAUGCAAUCCGGCGCAGGCGGCAACUUCCACGCACCUGGCAGCCGCGAGCGCGAGCAGCUCAACAACCCGAAGAUGCCAAUCCCGCGCCACCUCAACGUCACAUCGCCCAUGCCAGUCAAUAUGGGGCAGCAGCGUCCCACUAUGAGCGGGCCCACAAACGGCGCCCCAGGACCCAUGGGCCAGCCUGUCAUUUCCAGGCCGCCGCCAUUCCAGCUCGAGGGCGAGGGGGACCGCGUGCUGAGCAAGAGAAAGCUGGACGAGCUCGUCCGCCAGGUCACAGGAGGAAGCGAGGAAGCGCUGACACCAGAAGUGGAAGACGCGGUGCUGCAACUGGCCGACGACUUCGUCGAUAACGUAAUCAGCCACGCGUGCAAACUGUCCAAGCUGCGCGACAGCCCCCAGCUCGACAUCCGCGAUAUCCAGCACGUCCUCGAGCGCAGCUACAACAUCCGCAUCCCCGGCUAUGCGUCCGAUGAGGUCCGCACUGUGCGCAAGAUCGUGCCGGCCGCUGGCUGGGUGGACAAGAUGAAGGCGGUGAACGCGGCCAAGGUCAUGGGCGGGAAGACGGACUUUUAA